AUGAAUAACGCAGGAUCAAGUAGAAUGGUAAUGGUCGAUACGCCGACCAUGAAUGAAAAGACUGAUGAGUUACCAAAUAAAAUGAAAAAAUCUAUUGAAAAAGUAUUGAAAAAGAAAAGCCAAAAUACUACAAUGCAGACUGCUUUAUUGCAAUACUGGAAAGAAAGAGAUGCUGAGAGGCGAGCUCAAAUUCUAGCCCUGACACUUAAUUCCAACCAAGAGCAGGAACCAGAUGAUGAUGGCAUCAAAUCGUUUUCCUCGCACGUGGGAACAAUGUUAAGGAAACUUACUCCGGCAUUAAGAAUAGAAGCUAAAACUAAAGUUUUUAAUCUUUUAGCAGACUAUGAAUUAAGAAGUCUGAGCCGAGGGUCUGAUAAUUCUUCUCCUCCCUCAAAUAGUCCCCUGUUCGAUCAAAAUUCUCAAUUUUUACUCACAAAUACAUAUUCUCCAAUAAGUUCGAUCUCAUCACCGACUUCACCAAUUUAA